AUGGGCGCAACGGACACCUUGUCGGUUACACCAAAACAGCACAUGUCACCACAAAAUCCCUACGUGAUUUUCAAUAAUGAACAAACGACACCACGAGAAGAUAAUACCAACAGAGGAGAUAUUCAACUGUUCGACCAGUCAGACAGACAGAAACAGAUGUUAAAUAGCAUCCCCACAUCUUUCACAACCAACUCUUCUACAUCAGAUGAUAUGUGUACCCAAUUAAAGGAAUGCAGGUUGAAAACAUUAGAUAUCACUAAAAUCUUAGACACUGACAUGAGUGAUGCUUGGAAAUGUUGGGAUACAGCGUACAAAAAACUUCUCGGUGAUGCCAAUGUGGAUUCACACGAAUUACCACUCAAUCCUGAUGUAAACAAGGUGGAUGAUGAAGGAUACACUCUCCUGUACAAAGCAGCUUUAGAAAGAAAUGUAAAUGAGCUUGAGGACCUUAUUUCACAAGGAUCCAACCUAAAUACACCAAGCAAACAUGGUUUUUGUCCCCUUCACGCAGCAGCUCAAGAAGGACAUGCAGACAUCGUGGAUUUCCUCAUCUUACAUGGAGCCGACCCUAGUGUCAAAAGUGACUUGGGUCAGACACCUCUUCAUACAGGAGCACUAAAUGGGCACACAUGCAUCAUAGAAACUCUUACUGCAGAAGAGGUUGAUGUGAACGAGAAAGAUAACACAGGUUGGACACCAUUCAAUGCUGCUAUUCAAUACGGUCAUCUAGAAGCUGUCAAAUAUCUCAUGGAUAAAGGAGCCAAGAGAAACACUUAUGACGGAAUGACCCCACUUUAUGCUGCGGCUCAAUUCGGUCAUCUAGAUAUCGUGAAGUUUUUCAUUUCUAUUGGUGAUAAUGUCAAUGAAGAAAACGAUAAUGCCAGGACUCCCCUUUACGGAGCUGCAAUGAAAGGAAACAUAGAUAUCAUGGAAUUUCUCAUCGGUCAAGGCUCUGAUGUGAACAAAGCUGUUCCAAAUGGCCGUACACCAUUAAAUGCUGCCAUUAAUAACGGGCAUCGAGAAGCUGUCAAAUAUCUAAUCGAUAAAGGUGCCAAUCAGACAAGACAGGAUGGAAUGACCCCACUGUAUGCUGCAGCUCAAUUCGGUCAUCUAGAUAUCGUUAAAUUCUUCAUUUCUAUUGGUCGUGAUGUCAAUGAAGAAAACGACAAUUCAAGGACUCCCCUCCAUGGAGCUGCAAUUAAAGGAAAAAUAAAAGUCAUGGAAUAUCUCAUUCAACAAGGUUCCGAUGUGAAUAAGUGUAAUACGAAAGGGUGGACACCAUUAAAUGCUGCUAUACAAUGCGGUCAUCUAGAAGCUGUCAAAUAUCUCUUGGAUAAAGGAGCCAAGCAGAACAGAUAUGAUGGAAUGACCCCACUCUAUGCUGCAGCUCAAUUCGGUCAUCUAGAUAUCGUGACAUUCUUCAUCUCCAACGGCGCUGAUGUGAACGAGAAAGAUGACAAAGGGAUGAAUGCUUUCCACGGAGCUGCAAUCAAGGGAAACAUUGAAAUCAUGGAAUACCUUUUAGAAAAGGGGUCUGAUGUGAACAAGGGUGAUCUAAAAGAUAUCAUGAAAUUCCUCAAUUACAACGGGGCUGAUGUGAAUGAAGAAAAUGACAAAGGAAUGACUGCUCUUCAUGGAGCUGCAAUUAAAGGGAACAUGGAAAUCAUGAAAUUUCUCAUCGAUCAAGGGUCGAAUGUGAACAUAGAGGAUCCAAAGGGUUGGACACCAUUCAAUGCCGCCCUUCAAUACGGUCAUCUAGAAGCUGUCAAAUAUCUCAUAGAUAAAGGUGCAAAGCAGAGCAAGUACGCUGGAAUGACCGCAUUAUAUGCUGCAACUGCAUACGGUCAUCUAGAUAUCGUGAAAUUCUUCAUUUCCAACGGGGUUGAUGUGAAUGAAGAAAAUGAAAAAGGGAUAACUGCAUUUCAUGGAGCUGCAGGUAAAGGAAAUGUAAAAAUGAUGGAGUAUCUUAUUCAAGAAGGGUCUGAUAUCAACAAAGCUGAUCCAAAGGGUUGGACACCAUUCAAUGCCGCCCUACAAUAUGGUCAUCUAGAUGCUGUUAAAUAUCUCAUUGAGAAAGGAGCCAAGCAAAACAGGUACGCUGGAAUGACCCCACUCUAUGCUGCAACUCAAUACGGUCAUCGAAAUAUCGUGAAAUUCUUCAUUUCCAAUGGCGAUGAUGUGAAUGAAGGAGAUGACAAAGAGAGAACUGCCCUCCAUGGAGCUGCUAUUAAAGGAAACAUGAGAAUCAUGCAAUACCUUUUAGAAAAGGGGUCUAAUGUGAACAAGGGUGAUCUAAAAGGUUGGACACCAUUAAAUGCUGCUAUCCAAUAUGGUCAUCUAGAAGCUGUCAAAUAUCUCAUUGAUAAAGGAGCUAAGCAGAACAGAUACAGCGGAAUGACCACACUCUAUGCUGCAGCUCAAUUCGGUCAUCUAGAUAUCGUGACAUUCUUCAUCUCCAACGGUGCUGAUGUGAACGAGAAAGAUGACAAAGGGAUAAAUGCUUGCCACGGAGCUGCAAUCAAGGGAAACAUUGAAAUCAUGGAAUACCUUUUAGAAAAGGGGUCUGAUGUGAACAAGGGUGAUCUAAUGGGCUGGACUCCAUUCAAUGCCGCAAUCCAAUACGGUCAUCUAGAAGCUGUCAAAUGUCUCUUGUGUGAAGGGGCCAAGCAAAACAGGUAUGCUGGAAUGACCCCACUCUAUGCUGCAACUCAAUACGGUCAUCUCAAUAUCGUGAAAUUCUUCAUUUCCAAUGGCGAUGAUGUUAAUGAAGGAGAUGGAAAAGAGAGAACUGCCCUCCAUGGAGCUGCUAUUAAAGGAAACAUGGAAAUCAUGGAAUACCUGUUAGAAAAGGGGUCUGAUGUGAACAAAGCUGAUCCAAAUGGUUGGACACCAUUCAAUGCCGCCCUUCAAUAUGGUCAUCUAGAAGCUGUCAAAUAUCUAUUAAAUAAAGGGGCCAGGCAGAACAGGUACGCUGGAAUGACCCCACUAUACGCUGCAACUGCAUACGGUCAUCUAGAUAUCGUGAAAUUCCUCAUUUCCAACGGGGCUGAUGUGAAUGAAGAAGAUGACGAAGGGAUGACUGCCCUCCAUGGAGCUGCAAUUAAAGGAAACAUGGAAAUCAUGGAGUUUCUCAUCGAACAAGGGUCGAAUGUAAACAAAGCCGAUCCAAAGGGUUUGACACCAUUCAAUGCUGCCAUUAAAUCGGGUCAACUUGAAUCUGUCAAGCUCCUCAUAGAUAAAGGAGCCGAGCAGAACAGAUUUGAAGGAACAACCCCACUGUUUGCAGCUUCAUAUUUUGGUCAUUUCGAUCUCGUGGAAUUCUUCAUUUCCAAUGGCACUGAUGUGAAUGAACAGAAUGACAAUGGAAAGAUUCCGAUCCAUGGAGCUGUAAUUAAAGGGCACAUGAAAAUCAUGGAAUAUCUUAUUCAACACGGGUCGAAUGUAAACAAAGCUGAUCCAAAGGGUUGGACACCAUUCAAUGCUGCGAUACAAAACGGUCAUCUAGAUGCUGUUAAAUAUCUCAUAGAUAAAGGAGCCAAGCAGAACAGGUAUGAUGGAAUGACCCCACUCUAUGCUGCAACUCAAUACGGUCAUCUAAAUAUCGUGACAUUCUUCAUUUCCAAUGGUGAUGAUAUGAAUGAAGGAGAUGACAAAGAGAGAACUGCCCUCCAUGGAGCUGCUAUUAAAGGAAACAUGGAAAUCAUGGAAUACCUUUUAGAAAAGGGGUCUGAUGUGAACAAAGCUGAUCCAAAUGGUUGGACACCAUUCAAUGCCGCCCUUCAAUAUGGUUAUCUAGAAGCUGUCAAAUAUCUCAUAGAUAAAGGAGCCAAACAGAACAGGUACGCUGGAAUGACCCCACUUUACGCUGCAACUGCAUACGGUCAUCUAGAUAUCGUGAAAUUCCUCAUUUCCAACGGGGCUGAUGUGAAUGAAGAAGAUGACGAAGGGAUGACUGCCCUCCAUGGAGCUGCAAUUAAAGGAAACAUGGAAAUCAUGGAGUUUCUCAUCGAACAAGGGUCGAAUGUAAACAAAGCCGAUCCAAAGGGUUUGACACCAUUCAAUGCUGCCAUUAAAUGGGGUCAACUUGAAUCUGUCAAGCUCCUCAUAGAUAAAGGAGCCGAGCAGAACAGAUUUGAAGGAACAACCCCACUGUUUGCAGCUUCAUAUUUUGGUCAUUUCGAUCUCGUGGAAUUCUUCAUUUCCAAUGGCACUGAUGUGAAUGAACAGAAUGACAAUGGAAAGAUUCCGAUCCAUGGAGCUGUAAUUAAAGGGCACAUGAAAAUCAUGGAAUAUCUUAUUCAACACGGGUCGAAUGUAAACAAAGCUGAUCCAAAGGGUUGGACACCAUUCAAUGCUGCGAUACAAAACGGUCAUCUAGAAGCUGUCAAAUGUCUCUUGUGUGAAGGGGCCAAGCAGAACAGGAACGCUGGAAUUACUGCAUUAUACGCUGCAACGGCAUACGGUCAUCUAGAUAUCGUGAAAUUCUUCAUUUCCAACGGGGUUGAUGUGAAUGAAGAAAAUGACAAAGGGAUCACUGCGUUUCAUGGAGCUGCAGGUAAAGGAAAUAUAAAAAUGAUGGAGUAUCUUAUUCAAGAAGGGUCUGAUAUGAACAAAGCUGAUCCAAAGGGUUGGACACCAUUCAAUGCUGCGAUACAAAACGGUCAUCUAGAUGCUGUUAAAUAUCUCAUAGAUAAAGGAGCCAAGCAGUACAGGUAUGAUGGAAUGACCCCACUCUAUGCUGCAACUCAAUACGGUCAUCUAAAUAUCGUGACAUUUUUCAUCUCCAACGGCGCUGAUGUGAAUGAAGAAGAUGACAUAGGGAGAACUGCCCUCCAUGGAGCUGCUAUUAAAGGAAACAUUGAAAUCAUGAAAUUUCUCAUCGAUCAAGGGUCGAAUGUGAACAAAGCCGAUCAAAAGGGUUUGACACCAUUCAAUGCUGCCAUUGAAUGCGGUCAUCUAGAUGCUGUUAAAUAUCUCAUAGAUAAAGGAGCCAAGCAGAACAGGUAUGAUGGAAUGACCCCACUCUAUGCUGCAACUCAAUACGGUCAUCUAAAUAUCGUGACAUUUUUCAUCUCCAACGGCGCUGAUGUGAAUGAAGAAGAUGACGAAGGGAUGACUGCCCUCCAUGGAGCUGCAAUUAAAGGAAACAUGGAAAUCAUGGAGUUUCUCAUCGAACAAGGGUCGAAUGUAAACAAAGCCGAUCCAAAGGGUUUGACACCAUUCAAUGCUGCCAUUAAAUGGGGUCAACUUGAAUCUGUCAAGCUCCUCAUAGAUAAAGGAGCCGAGCAGAACAGAUUUGAAGGAACAACCCCACUGUUUGCAGCUUCAUAUUUUGGCCAUUUCGAUCUCGUGAAAUUCUUCAUUUCCAAUGGCACUGAUGUGAAUGAACAGAAUGACAAUGGAAAGAUUCCGAUCCAUGGAGCUGUAAUUAAAGGGCACAUGAAAAUCAUGGAAUAUCUUAUUCAACACGGGUCGAAUGUAAACAAAGCUGAUCCAAAGGGUUGGACACCAUUCAAUGCUGCGAUACAAAACGGUCAUCUAGAAGCUGUCAAAUGUCUCUUGUGUGAAGGGGCCAAGCAGAACAGGAACGCUGGAAUUACUGCAUUAUACGCUGCAACGGCAUACGGUCAUCUAGAUAUCGUGAAAUUCUUCAUUUCCAACGGGGUUGAUGUGAAUGAAGAAAAUGACAAAGGGAUCACUGCGUUUCAUGGAGCUGCAGGUAAAGGAAAUAUAAAAAUGAUGGAGUAUCUUAUUCAAGAAGGGUCUGAUAUGAACAAAGCUGAUCCAAAGGGUUGGACACCAUUCAAUGCUGCGAUACAAAACGGUCAUCUAGAUGCUGUUAAAUAUCUCAUAGAUAAAGGAGCCAAGCAGUACAGGUAUGAUGGAAUGACCCCACUCUAUGCUGCAACUCAAUACGGUCAUCUAAAUAUCGUGACAUUUUUCAUCUCCAACGGCGCUGAUGUGAAUGAAGAAGAUGACAUAGGGAGAACUGCCCUCCAUGGAGCUGCUAUUAAAGGAAACAUUGAAAUCAUGAAAUUUCUCAUCGAUCAAGGGUCGAAUGUGAACAAAGCCGAUCAAAAGGGUUUGACACCAUUCAAUGCUGCCAUUGAAUGCGGUCAUCUAGAUGCUGUUAAAUAUCUCAUAGAUAAAGGAGCCAAGCAGAACAGGUAUGAUGGAAUGACCCCACUCUAUGCUGCAACUCAAUACGGUCAUCUAAAUAUCGUGACAUUUUUCAUCUCCAACGGCGCUGAUGUGAAUGAAGAAGAUGACGAAGGGAUGACUGCCCUCCAUGGAGCUGCAAUUAAAGGAAACAUGGAAAUCAUGGAGUUUCUCAUCGAACAAGGGUCGAAUGUAAACAAAGCCGAUCCAAAGGGUUUGACACCAUUCAAUGCUGCCAUUAAAUGGGGUCAACUUGAAUCUGUCAAGCUCCUCAUAGAUAAAGGAGCCGAGCAGAACAGAUUUGAAGGAACAACCCCACUGUUUGCAGCUUCAUAUUUUGGCCAUUUCGAUCUCGUGAAAUUCUUCAUUUCCAAUGGCACUGAUGUGAAUGAACAGAAUGACAAUGGAAAGAUUCCGAUCCAUGGAGCUGUAAUUAAAGGGCACAUGAAAAUCAUGGAAUAUCUUAUUCAACACGGGUCGAAUGUAAACAAAGCUGAUCCAAAGGGUUGGACACCAUUCAAUGCUGCGAUACAAAACGGUCAUCUAGAAGCUGUCAAAUGUCUCUUGUGUGAAGGGGCCAAGCAGAACAGGAACGCUGGAAUGACUGCAUUAUACGCUGCAACUGCAUACGGUCAUCUAGAUAUCGUGAAAUUCUUCAUUUCCAACGGGGUUGAUGUGAAUGAAGAAAAUGACAAAGGGAUCACUGCGUUUCAUGGAGCUGCAGGUAAAGGAAAUAUAAAAAUGAUGGAGUAUCUUAUUCAAGAAGGGUCUGAUAUGAACAAAGCUGAUCCAAAGGGUUGGACACCAUUCAAUGCUGCGAUACAAAACGGUCAUCUAGAUGCUGUUAAAUAUCUCAUAGAUAAAGGAGCCAAGCAGAACAGGUAUGAUGGAAUGACCCCACUCUAUGCUGCAACUCAAUACGGUCAUCUAAAUAUCGUGACAUUUUUCAUCUCCAACGGCGCUGAUGUAAAUGAAGAAGAUGACAUAGGGAGAACUGCCCUCCAUGGAGCUGCUAUUAAAGGAAACAUCGAAAUCAUGGAAUUUCUCAUCGAUCAAGGGUCGAAUGUGAACAAAGCCGAUCCAAAGGGUUUGACACCAUUCAAUGCUGCCAUUAAAUGCGGUCAUCUAGAAGCUGUCAAAUAUCUCAUAGAAAUAGGAGCCAAGCAGCACAGAUAUGAUGGAGCGACCCCUCUCUAUUUUGCAGCUCAAUUCGGUCAUUGCGAUAUCGUGGAAUUCUUCAUUUCCAAAGGCGCUGAUGUGAAUGAUCAAAAUGAUAAUGGGAGGAUCCCAUUACAUGCAGCUGCUAUUAACGGUAACAUGAAGAUCAUGGAAUAUCUUAUUCAACAUGGGUCUGAUGUGAACAAGGUUAGUACAAAGGGUUGGACACCAUUUAAUGCUGCUAUUCAAUAUGGUCACCUUGAAUCUGUCAAAUAUCUCAUUGGUAAAGGAGUCAAGCAGAACAGACAUGAUGGAAUUACCCCACUCUACGCAGCAGUAAAGUGUGGUCACCCAAACAUCACAAAGUUCUUGAUUUCAAUUGGUGCUGAUGUGAGUGAAGAAAAUGACGAUGGAAGGAUUCCCCUCCAUGGAGCGGCUUUUAAUGGUGAUAUCAAAGUAAUUAAAUACCUCAUCGAAAGGGGGUCUGAUGUAAACAAGGCCGAUUUGAAAGGGGGGACGCCAUUCAACGCUGCUAUUCAAUGCGGUCGUAUAGAAGCUGUUAAAUAUCUUAUAGAUAAAGGAGCCUUGCGGAAUUUUUUUGGCGGAAUGACCCCCCUUUAUGCGGCAGCUCAGAUUGGUCAUUUGCAUUUAGUGAAAUUUUUAAUUUCUAAUGGUGCGGAUGUCAAUGAAGAAGAUGAGGACGGAAAUACUCCUCUCCAUGCAGUUCACCAUGGUCAUCUAGAAGCUGUCAAAUAUCUCCUGACUAAUGGAGCCGAACAAAAUAUUUAUGACGGAAUGACUCCACUAUAUAUUGCGGCUCAAUCUGGCAGUACAGACGUCGUCAAGUUCUUGGUCUCCAAUGGAUCUAAUGUAAACGAAAUGAACGAAGGAGGAACGAUUCCUCUGCAUGGCGCUGCUUCUAAGGGCAACGUUCAAGUCUUGAAAUAUCUUAUUCAGAAAGGAUCCGAUAUCAACAGGGUAGACAACAAAGGAAGGACUCCAAUGAUUGCAGCAAUCAGAGAGGGUAAUUUAGAAGCUGUAAAAUUUCUCUCAAAGAAAGGAGGUAAAUGCACCAGGAUUAAAGGUAUGACCCCACUUUACAUUGCAACACAGUAUGGCCAUAACGAUGUGGUGAAAUUCCUAGUAUCCGAACGACACGAUGUGAACGAAACAAAUGACAGUGGAAAGUGCCCACUACAUGCCGCUUGUUACACCGGAAACAUAGAUAUUACGAAAAUUUUGGUUCACGAAAAUGCUAAUAUCAAUACAAAAGACAAUGAUGGAUGGACCCCACUUCAAGCCGCUGCAGAGCAGGGUAAACAACAAAUAGUAGUGUACCUUACAUCACAUGGAACACUAGUGAAAGGAAUUGGUGGGUUGCCAAUGCCACAAAGAUCAUCAAACACAGAAAAUCCAGGAACGAAUGAACCAAUGUCCUCAUGCACACUUGACCAAAAUAAAUCCAACAAGCGAGAUCAACAAUCUGGAACCAAGCAGAAUGUAAUCGUGAGAGGAAACGUGGCAAUAUCCACGAUGGAUGCAAAGACACAGCUAUGCAGAGAACAUCUAUCAUUGGAUUUGAACAAUCGUGAGAAGGGAAACGACUGUACUACAUAUCCCAUUACGAUGGAUAGGUAUGAUGUAGUAUGUCAUACGAAUCUUUUUCCGGGAACAUAUAUCGCUGAACAUGACAACGAUCUCUUCAUUAAGGCUUCACCAAAGUCCCUCGAAAAAUGCGAAAAUGAUUCUAUUCUAGGUCAGAAUGGAGCCGUGACCGACCGCAUGGUUAAGGUAUCCACUAAUCUCACAACUCACAAAGGUUACCAGUCCCAGCUUAGACCCUGUAAAGAGCACAUCAGAGAUUUCAAGCCACAUUCUGUUCAAACCACGACCACAACUGGCUUUGUAUUGGAGCACCCAGAGUCGAGAUGUCAACCUCGAACAGAAGAUAACAGAAAUCCGACCAAAACAUCUAAGUUGGCGGUUCCUGGAAAUAAUCUACCAUUUGAUGGAAGUACGAGGGAUUCAAGCAGGUAG